AAGCCGAGAACGAGAAGAGAAGGGCGGGAAGAUUAGAAAGGAAGCGAGCGUGGAAAAACAGCUCUCUCUCUCUCUUUUUUUGAUUUUUUGGAGAGGGGGGCUGUUUUCCUGAACUCCCCUCCCUCCCCUUCUUUCCCUGCUGUCUCCCCCCCUCCCCUUUUGCAAUUACCACCCGGGUUGCCCGUGUGCGCGCGUGAGUGAGUGAGUGUGCAGAGACACGCGCAAAACCCACCCCGAGGACGAGGCUCAUCCAUCAUUGGAGGCUGACAUUUCUCAGUCCUGGAUGGGCAGCCGCGGCGGCAAACGGCAGAAGCCCCAGAUCUACUGGGGAGAAAGCGGGGAGAUCUCUCGCUCCAUCUCGGCGGCCCCUCGGUCUUCGUCUGCCCUUUGCCCGCCCCCCCCCAGGCCCCCACUUCCACGCCAACCUCUGACCGAGCCCCCGCUUGCCUCCUUGCCAAGAUUUCCUUAAAACGCACUUAAAGGGGGAGGAAAAAAAAAAACACACACACACACACAAAGACCCCAAAACCCAGGACUUCGGGGGAAAAAAAGGAUGGCGUGGUUUUCUUCGGGUUUUUAAUUUUGUUUUCUUUAGUAGAGCGAUCCGUUAGAUCGCUCCUCUCUGGGGUGGAGAGAGAGAGAGAGAGAGAAAGAGAGACUCGAUCCCAAAGCAAACUCUUCUUGGCCAAGAGUUUCCUCCUGGCUCUCCUUCGUCCCGGCGGCUUGGAUUUGAUGGGGCUGCAGCAAGGGGUCGAGAUGAAGCUUCGGUGUUGGGGAGAGAACUGACGCCUUCUCUGGCUCCCCCCGAACCCCGCUUCUCCCGGGGGGAGACGCCAGGAGGAAGAGAAACCCUGGAGAAAAAACUCGGGAGCGUCUCAUGGCCCAAAGGUACGAUGACUUGGUACAUUACGCCGGAAUGGACGGAGGGGUCUCUCUGCCGGCCUUCGGAGACCCCCAUUCGGGCCGGGGUCUGCAACAUCACGCUUUGAACCAGGGCGGCCCUUAUGGAUCGGCGGGAGUUAACCACCGGCCGGGGAUGCCUCCGGGACUGGGCACCAACGACGCCUUGAAGCGAGAGAAGGACGAGAUUUACGGACACCCUUUGUUCCCUCUGCUGGCCCUGGUCUUUGAGAAAUGUGAACUGGCCACCUGUUCUCCAAGAGACACGUCUGGUUCUUACCCCGGAGGAGAUGUCUGCUCAUCGGAUUCCUUCAAUGAAGACAUCGCUGUCUUCGCCAAACAGGUUAGGACAGAAAAACCUUUAUUUUCUUCCAAUCCUGAACUGGAUAAUUUGAUGAUCCAGGCUAUUCAAGUGCUGAGAUUUCACCUUCUGGAGUUAGAAAAGGUUCAUGACCUCUGUGACAACUUCUGCCACCGCUACAUCACCUGCCUGAAGGGGAAGAUGCCCAUCGACCUGGUCAUCGACGACCGAGACGGAGGCUCCAAGUCGGACCUGGAAGACUUCGGGGGGGCUUGUCUCUCCGACCAGAGCAACUCCUGGAUCCGAGACCACGAUGAGACGGGGUCAACACCCUCAGGGACGCCGGGACCCUCCAGCGGUGGGAUUGCCUCCCAGAGUGGAGACAACUGCAGUGACCAAGGAGAUUGCCUGGAUAACAGCGUGGCCUCCCCCAGCACGGGAGAAGACGACGACCUGGACCGGGACAAGAAGAGAAACAAGAAACGUGGCAUUUUCCCCAAGGUGGCCACGAAUAUUAUGCGCGCGUGGCUUUUUCAACACUUGUCGCACCCUUAUCCCUCGGAAGAACAGAAGAAACAGUUAGCCCAGGACACGGGACUGACGAUUCUGCAGGUCAAUAACUGGUUUAUUAAUGCCCGAAGGCGCAUAGUUCAACCGAUGAUCGACCAAUCAAAUCGCACAGGUCAAGGUACGCCGUAUAGUCCCGACGGGCAGCAAAUGGGAGGUUAUGUUAUGGAUGGGCAACAGCGCAUGACAAUUCAUCCGCCAGGACCAAUGGGAAUGACGAUGGGUAUGGAGGGCCAGUGGCACUAUAUGUGAAAGUCUGAACUCUCUGUUGACGUCAGAGGGGAAGACUCCAGUUCUAGACUUGGUGACCUUGGAGAAGAAGACCCUUCCUGGUUUACAGGCACAGGAUUCACGGAGCAUCUGGAUCUGGCGUACCCUUCCUUUGGACUUCCCCUGCACUCAACAAGAAGGUCCUUCCUCCCCCAAUGGCACACAGCCGCUCUCUGCACUGCCAACACCGCCCCCUCCUCCAGGAGAGAACAUGCAUGGACCACGUGGCCCAUGCCUCUCCUCCCACGGCUCCCUCUUCCUUUUACUCCUUUCCCCAAAAGGAGGACCCUCCCAGCGACACGUCCCUCUGACUUCAAGGGUUCCAAGAUGGCCUUUAACCUGCCAAGGUUUAGGCACCAGAUGGUGGAGUGUGACAAGCGAGUCCUCCCAACAUCAGAAGAACGGACAGAUGGGACAGCACCGGUCAACUCCGGAAGAGAACUGCUGGGGUGGGGGAGAAGCAAAGGGGUUAAUUGUUAAGUUGUCAGUGUCUCUCUCUCCCUCUCUCUUUUUCUUCCCCCCACACAGAAAAUAUACGUGAGUCUGUACGCCCUUCUCUUCCCCCCCACCUGGGAGGUUGCUGUCGGCCACAUUGGCCGUGUCCAUCCAUCUUUUCAAACAAGACAAAAAUUCCCAAAA